UAUUAUAUCGGCCGGAAAUAGAAAAGUGACGUACAACAACGUGAAAACACGAGAAGUCCUUUGAGUCCUCCGCAUUUUGGUUCUUGGAAUAAGGUAGCAGGAUGAGCAGCAAUUUACUUCGUGUGGCCCUCCGGGCCUCCAAGGUUCCUCAAAGGGCAGUCAGUACCUCUCCUGUGUGUGCCAAAAACAUUGUUAUUGAUCAAAAACUGAGAGAUGAAAUUCAUCCAAAAAUAGGAAACCGUGAAAUUGUUGGAUGGGGCCACAAUGGUAAUGCUUCAUACUGGGACAGGAGUGAAUUUCCUGCUCCUGCCAUUCGUUUCAAGGAGGACACCCCAGAUGUUUUGCAGCUCAGAGAAAAGGAGAAGGGAGACUGGAAGAGUUUGUCUUUAGAUGAAAAGAAGCAAUUGUACAGAGCCAGCUUCUGUCAGACAUAUGCUGAGAUGAAUGCUCCCACUGGUGAGUGGAAAGCAAUGGUAGCAGCCAUCUUGUUCGGUCUCACAGCUACAGGCUGGGUGAUGUUCUUCAUGAAGAAAGUUGUGUACCCACCUCCUCCCAGCACGAUCACUCGUGAGUGGCAGGAGGCAUCUCUACAGAGGAUGCUUGACCAAGGCCAGGGAGCCAUCCAGGGCGUCUCAGCCAAAUGGGACUACGACAAGUUGGAAUGGAAAAACUAGACAGACAAUAAAGCCGCUUUUUUCUUUUACAGCUCUGUUUUGCAUGAUGAGUCAAUGGUGAUAUGCACACGUUCCUUAAGUGUUUGUUUUUGUUGGUCCACUUGUCUUGCCGUGUUUGGGUUUUGAAUAAGAUGUGUAAGUUAAUGUGUACGUCCAGAGUUCCCUUGUCUGAGUCCACCGCCAUGAUCCAUGGCAGAAGGUGCUUUGAAUUUGGUAUGGGUAUGACAGAGUGAUCAAAUUUUUGUUUUUCUGUGUCAAUUUUUAAAUUCAGGUAACUGUUGUUUUUUUUUAACAUAUCAUAUUCUUUGGCCUCAACGUAGGGACUCCCUAUUGCUAAGUAACUAGCAUAUAUUGUCCCACAUGCAGCGCAGCUCAGUGUUUUCUUAUCUUGUUCUGUAGACUUUUACUUAAGUAGUGUAGGGCUGUUCAAAUUGCACUUGGACUGUUCAAAUUGCUCUUAGGUGACACACUUGAAGGAUGAAAAGAAUUGGUUGGGAUUGGUUUUUCAAAGGUGUUAAGGUGCAUUUCGAAGAAUGAUGGCCAUAUCUCACCAGCUCUUGUAAUGUUCAUCUCACCAUGAUUUCACCAAAUACGAGGUGUUAAUUUAUUGAGACUGUGGUAUUCAGUGACUUGAAUAAAUUUGUGUUACCACUUAAACGACCCAGA